AUGGACUCUCGGCGGCAGGGCGGGCGCCACUACGGCGGCAACAAUGGGCGCCGGUUCCGUCGAGGCGGUGGCGGACGCGGCGGCGGCUCGGGCCCCGUCUGGUUCAAGGGCGAGGGCUACAACGACCACGAGAGCGUGUGCAUCGCCGAGGAGGUGGCGGGCAUCUCGGGCUUCCUGGACGCGUCGCGCGCCGGCUUCCCGGGCGUCGUCAAGCAGCGCUUCGCCGACUUCGUGGUGCACGAGCUGGCGCCUCGCUCGCGCCAGCCCGUGGCGCUGCAGCGCGUGGCCAAGAAGGGCAAGAACCUGCAGCUGGUGUUCCAGCAGCGCGUGCUGGACUUCGCGCUGGGCCUGCUGGGCGUCGUGCGCGCGCUCUCGCGCAAGCUGCAGCGCACGUCGCUCCAGCAGCAGAAGCUGGGCCAGGCGGCCCAGGAGGCGUAUCAUCUCAAGCAGCUGGUGGUGCUGGUGACGCGCGAGAUCGGCGCCAAGAAGGGCAAGGAGUUCGAGCAGUUCCUGGAGAAGGUGGAGCAGGCGCGCGUCGAGUUCGACGCCAAGAGGAAGGAGCUGGGCGACGAGGCAGGCACCAGCGCGGCGCUGGCGGCGGCCGAGGGACUGACGUUCUACCUCGGAGGGCUCAAUGAGAAGGGCGACCGAGUGUUCAUCCACGAGACCAUGAGGCGCUACGGCAAGACGAGGAUCGUGGCGGACACGCUCAACAUUGGGAGCGACACGGCCGUGAUCCGCGUCAGGCCGCAGUUCGCGGUCAAGCUGCUGCCUGGAGAGAGGGACAGCAGGAGAGACUGGCCCGUUGGACAGCGUAAGUGCGCCGACUACCUGCAGUUCACAUUGUACAAGCGAAACAAGGAGACGUCGGCGGUGAUUAAUCAGUUGGCGUCCAUGCUCAAGAUCUCUCCAGCUCUGUUCUCCUACGCUGACGUCAAGGAUAAGCGUGGAAUCACCACGCAGCUUUGCACGGUGUACCGUGUGCCCAAGGAUCGCGCGCAAGUGGUGUUCCGGCCAGGAGGCACCAAGAAACUGGAAGACCAGCAGUACCUUGUCGGCGACUUGCGCUACGUGUCGCGGAAGCUGGAGCUGGGUGACUGCGCAGGCAACCGUAUUGCCAUGGUGGCUGUCCACAGCUGGGAGACACGUGGGUUCAUUAACUUUUUCGGGCUGCAACGCUUUGGCAAUGCGAGCACGUCGUACCACUUGCUUGGCCGAGCGAUGCUCCGCAAGGACUACAAGCUGGCUGUGUUGCUGUUGCUGCGUCCCCAGGAUGGAGAGGCCAGCAAGAUUCGUGCUGCGAGAGAACACUUUAGAAAACACAAGGACGUUGCCGCUGCACUACGAAUGCUUCCACCUUUCCUGGUGCCAGAGCGUGCAGUGCUCGAGGGGCUUCAGCAGCACGGCAUUGAUGCGCACGAGCUGGCGUAUAACAAUAUCCCGAAACCACUGCGCAUAGCGUUUGUGGAAGCGUACCAGGACUUCGUGUGGAACGAGAUGGCGAGCAUGCGAGUGGCGAAGUUCUCGUCAACGGCCGCUGUUGUGGGUGACCUGGUGCUCCCAUCUAGGAAACGUCAGAGAACCGGAAAGAGCACGAGGAGGAAGCCGAUUCAGGAAGUUAUGGAACUCACAGAAGCUAUCGUGGACCAGUACUCGAUUGAGGACGUGGUGUUGCCACUACCAGGUCACGCGAUCAAGUACCCGACCAACGAAGUAGGAGCCGCCUACCGAAAAAUGCUGACGACGGAUGGCAUCGACCUCAACGCCCACUUCGGACCGGACGGCAGCCAGACCUACCAACUGGAUGGAUCAUACCGCCACUUGGUUAAAAAGCCGACACGCGUGUCAUUCCGGUUGAAGCGUUACGAGGACCCGACGAAGCCGUUGAUUCCGAACGAUAAAGGAUCGCACCGCGCGCUUGUACUUGAGUUCGAUCUGGACUACGGCUCCGACGCGACCAUCGCUACCCGCGAGCUGAUGAAGCAGAGCAGCAGCGCAAAUGUGAACUGGCAGACUUCGAACUCAGAGGCAGCCAGCAACGAUGCGUCGAAGAAUGCGGACGGAUCCUCAUCUGCAAAUGCUGCUUCAAGGCCAGGUGCUUCCAGCGUGCAGGCAAACAAGUCCAAUCGUGGUGACACUCGCAAGGUCAUCACCGCUCAGAAGAAAACGCAAGUGGCGAUCGGCCGUCCAGGUUUCAGUCUGGGAAGAUCGUAA